AUGUCUGGGCCCGAAGGUUUGGAGGUCCCGGGCAAGAGUCGAGACGGCAAGCCUGCCGUAUUUUGGUGCCCCCCCCGGCGGGCCAGCUUCGGAUUUUGUGGGGCCGUCGGCUGGGGACGGCUCGGGACGAGCAGCUCGGCCCUGAAGGUCCUCAUCGCGGAAGAACACGAUGCUGCGGGCGCAUGGGUCAGCGCAGCCAAGACGGGCCUCCAGCAACGGGUAUUCCAGCCGCGCGCAGGACAGGGCGCUGGACCCGGCGGCGAAGGCGCGGUUGCUGUUGCUGUUCUUGGCCUCGCCGGAGGGCGCGGGCUGUUCCGAGGCCAACCGGCGCGCCCUCUUCGCGCGCUUGGGCGGCGAGGCCGCGGCGGUCUGCGCCGCGGCCAUCGGCGCGCUCGCGCCUGCAGGCGCGCGGCGGGCGCCGCGGCCGGGAGCGCCCCGAUUGUGGGCGGGCCGGCAGGCGGCGACCGCCUCGCCGGCCGCGCGGCUGUCGCGGUGGGAACCCGCGCUUCGGGGGCUGCUGGAGCGCUUGGUCGCUGCCGACGAGAUGGGACCGUCCGUCUCCGACGGGGCCGACGAGCUGCCCAUGGGGCCGACGGGGUCCGCGGGCCGACGUCGGUCGUGUUCCCGAUGCUGCCGGGAGAGCCGCUGGCCGCCAGCUCGGCCACCUGCGGCCUCGUGGUCGUUUUCAUCGCUGGCGGCGUCACGAUGCCCGAGGUGCGCGUGGCGCACGAGGUCGCGCGGGACUUGGGCACGGAGGUCUACGUCGGGGGCAGCACCAUCUUGACUCCUGGGUCGUUCCUGAGCACCCUGGAAGAGACGGGCCGCCAC